AUGGACAACGCGAAGCUCACCGAGCUUGACUUAGAUUCCUGCCUCACGCAAUUGCGUAUAUUGAAAUCUAGCUUUGAAGUCUUCUUUACAGCUACCAACACCCAGCAGGAUUCUGAAAUUAUGAAUAUUUUGAAUAAUAUUAUAAAUCGCUUGGAAGAAAUGCAAUCAAACAUCGCGACUAGAAAUCAGAAAGAUAUUGAGGAUUGCGUUCAAUCCGGAUUCUACAAUCUCACUGCUCUUCAACAUGACCUUGAUCGCCUUCACCUCUCUCGCAUUAAUGCCGACCAGUAA